AUGUCCUUCAAGGCCCUCAUCUCCAUCCUCUCCGUGGUCGGAGCCAUCCAGGUCGCCACCGCGGCCACGACCCACAGGAUCGCCUGCCCCGACGGUGUGCACACCGCGACCAACGCAGUGUGCUGCCCGCUCUAUGCAGUCGUCGAGGACCUGCAGGAGUCGCUCUUCGACGGCGGCGAGUGCGGCGAGGAGACGCACGAGUCCCUGCGGCUCACGUUCCACGACGCGAUCGGCUUCUCGCCCGCGCUCGCGCGCCAGCACAAGUUCGGCGGCGGCGGCGCGGACGGCUCGAUCAUCACGUUCGACACCAUCGAGACCGCGUUCCACGCGAACGGCGGCAUCGACGACAUUGUGGACGUGCAGAAGCCGUUCGUCACGAAGCACAACAUGACUGCCGGGGACUUCAUUCAGCUCGCUGGGGCUGUCGGCUUCUCGAACUGCGCCGGUGCACCCCGCCUGGAGUACCUCCACGGUCGCCCGCCUGCGGUUGCGCCCUCGCCCGACCUGCUCGUCCCCGAGCCCUUCGACUCUGUCACGAAGAUCCUCGCGCGCUUCGCCGACGCCGGCUUCUCGCCCGAUGAGGUCGUCGCCCUCCUCGCCUCCCACUCGGUCGCUGCCGCCGACCACGUCGACCCGACGAUCCCGGGCACUCCGUUCGACUCGACCGCGUCCUCGUUCGACUCGCAGGUGUUCGUCGAGGUGCUGCUCCGCGGCACGCUCUUCCCCGGCACGGCGGGCAACCAGGGCGAGUCGAAGAGCGCGCUGGAGGGCGAGAUCCGGCUGCAGUCUGACAACGACGUCGCGCGCGACCCGCGCACGGCGUGCGAGUGGCAGUCGUUCGUCGGCAACCAGGCGAAGCUGCAGUCCGCGUUCCGCGCCGCGAUGUCGAAGCUCGCCAUCCUUGGCCACAACCGCCGCGACCUCGUCGACUGCUCUGAGGUCAUCCCCAUCCCGCCGCCCGCGAACACCCGUGCGCACAUCCCCGCGGGCCUGAGCCGCCGUGACAUCGAGCAGUCGUGCCGCCAGGUGCCCUUCCCCGUGCUCCCCGUCGACGCCGGCCCCGCCACCUCUGUCGCCCCUGUGUAA